GACGGCGGGCGGUCAGUGCCGGCCCGGACGCCGGAAGGGUAACAAUGUCACAGCUCGAGCGGCCCAGCGAGUUUGCCAAUGAGCCAAACGCUCUCUGGCAAAUGCGCCUAAUCGGACCGCGCUUGUCUCCGCUGGAGGGCUACCGGCUUAUUGCGACCCAAUAUGAUAAGGAUUUCGAUCCGGAGAACUACGCGGCGCCGCGGCUGGUCUGCGAGGCGCUGUGCCGAGUGUUCCCGGAGAACGGAAGGCUGCAGCGCCACGAGCUCAGAGUGAUGGACGUGGCUGCCGGCACUGGCCUGGUCGGCCAGAGGAUACACGAGGAGGGCUUUCGGAACAUCGAUGCACUGGACCCCUGCCGGGAGAUGAUAGUUGAGGCCGAAAAACGGGGCGUCUACCAGAACUUCAUACAUGACACGAUUGGUCUGCAUCAGACGGAGGUCGCCGAAAGCACCUAUGACGCUGUGGUGAUAGCCGGUGGAUUCGUGCAGGGCCACUGUCCACCGGAGGCCCUCGAUGAAAUGAUUCGAAUCUGCAAACCCGGCGGUUACGUCAUCAACUCUAUGCGGUACGAGUACCUGGUGACUGUACCGGAGUACCACCGCCUGGACCGGCACAUGGACGAUCUGGAGGACGCCGGGAAGUGGCGCCGUGUCGACCGAUACGUCACCGACCACUACUUCUUCAGCAAGCAGGGCAUCACCUACAUCUACCAGAAGCUCUAAGACACACAAGCCUUGAUAUUUGAGGCUCAAUAUACGGAGAUCCCUGGAAAGUGUUGGGCUCUAAUGUCUUGUUGGUUGAGAAGAACUUUCUUGCCGUAAAUGCAAUGAGUUACAUAUGCCACUCCGAAUGCGGCUUCGCUAAACUAGCCCGGGGGACGUCAGUCUUGGCGGCGAGGGAGAAUAAUACAGACGGGCAUGGUGGAAAGGUGCGCGCAUGUAACAAUUGGGAUCGAAGUCAAACAAACGAGAGAUAUUUGUUGACAAAGUGCCACUUAAGAGUACAUAUGUUGGGACUUGGGGUCGUGUGAUAGUCCGAGUAAUAUAUGAUUCCCAUCACGACUGACGACGGUGUCGUCGAGAACUUGAGGGGAUGACGAUUGUGAAACUUAAAGCGUAGUGUCAAAAAUAUACGUACGUAUGAAGAAA